GAGAGGGUCUGCCAACAGCAAAGGUCACCAGGUGGCGUGCAGAACCCCAGUCUCUGGACCAGGAGGGUGCCUUCUGUGUACAGUAAAAGCUGCGCGCCCUGCAACGCCUUUUGCAUGUGCCAUCCUUCUGUGGAAGAAGAAUUGUUACCUUUAUUCAUCUCAUUCGCUCUUGAAUGACUGGGAUGUUUUCAGCUCUCCUGAUUACUUAUUAAAGGCCUAUUGAUCGAUGUUUCAGGCUUCUGCUGGGAGAAGAGGCCUCGCAGAAUCGUCUGUCACACCAAUGGCAUCGGAGAUUAAGGUGAGCGGGCAGAAGGCUGAAGCUUCGCCAGCGCCACAACCAGGACUCGCCUCUUCCGAACUGGCCGUCAGCUCCUGCUCCUCUGCCCCAUGCAGGAACGGAGGGACCUGCCAGGUCCUGCCAGGGGGCUACCGUUGCCUCUGCCCCCAGAGCCCCCUGGCCUACAUGGGGACACACUGCGAGCUCCUCUACGAGGCUUGCGCUGGGCAGCCGUGCCCGCCGGGGUGGAGCUGCAGCGGGGAGCCCGGACUCUGGAGUUACGGCUGCCACUGCCCUCCCGGCGCGACGGGUCCUGGCUGUGGCACGGAGGGCCCCGUCUGCCAGAGGCGCCCUUGCCCGCAGCCUCCUUGGCAGUGCGUGGAGCUGCCCGGCGGCUACGGCUGCCGCUGCCAGGCAGGGGAGGAGAGCUGCCCGGCGGGGCCCUCCGUGUGCUCCAGCCAGCCCUGCCACCACAACGGGACCUGCGUGGAGAGCGCCGGGGGGUAUGCCUGCCUGUGCCAGCCUGGCCACGCCGGGGACCGCUGCGAGGAGGAUGUGGACGACUGUGCCUCCAGCCCCUGCCAGAACGGCGCCCUCUGCCUGGACCGGCUCGGCGCCUACAGCUGCUUCUGCGUGCCGGGCUUCCAGGGCCACCACUGCGAAAUCGACAUCAACGAAUGUGCCUCCCGGCCCUGCCGGCACAACGGCACCUGCCUCAACCAGAGGGACCACUACGUCUGCCAGUGCCUGCCCGGCUACACAGGCGUGAACUGCGAUGUGGAGAUUGACGAGUGUGAGUCGGGCCCCUGCUGGAACAGCGGCACCUGCAGCGACCACGUUGGGUUCUUCCUCUGCUCCUGCCUGCCAGGCUACGAGGGGGCCCAGUGCGAGGUGGAGACGGACGAGUGCCAGAGCCAGCCCUGUCUCCACGGAGGGCGGUGCCAGGACCUGGUCAACAGCUACCGGUGCGACUGCCACAGCACUGGCUUCGGAGGGCAGCACUGUGAGCUGGAGAUCUUGGAGUGUGCCUCCCAGCCCUGCCAGAAUGGGGCCUCCUGCCUGGAGGGAAUCGGAGGCUACAGCUGUGCCUGCUGGCCAGGUUAUGUUGGGGAGCACUGUGAAGAAGACGUGGAUGAGUGUGCCCCGCGGCCCUGCCUCCACGGUGGCCAGUGCUCCCAGCGCUCCAACCAGAGCUACUACGGAGAGGACAGCCGCUUCCCAGCCCAGUUCAGCUACCAGGAGGCUGCCGGCUUCGUCUGCAGCUGCCAGCCAGGCUUUGAGGGCAAGACCUGCUCCAUCAACACGGACGAGUGUGAGUCCCAGCCGUGCCAGAACGGAGGCCGCUGCGUGGACCUGGUGAACAGCUAUCGGUGUCACUGCCUGCCCGGGUUCUCAGGGGUGGAGUGCGCCACGGACAUCGACGAGUGCGAGGAGCACCCCUGUGAGAAUGGGGGCGUCUGUGAGGACAGCGUGGCCGACUACACCUGCCACUGCAGCCCCAGUGCGGAGGGCGUGGCCUGGGGGGGCAAGAACUGCUCCGUGGAGCUGACGGGCUGCCAGACCCACCGCUGCCAGAACGAGGCCUUGUGCGUCCCCACCUUCCUGUCCGGGGCCCACGGACACCGGUGCCAGUGCCAGCCCGGCUUCUCCGGGCCCAGCUGCUCGACCUCCACCACCUUCUCCUUCACCGCCAGCGUCUACCUCCUCCUCAACGUGUCCGCCAGCAGCAGCGGGAAGAACACCAGCCUUGUGGCAGGCAGCCCCCUGGCCAGCGUGGCCCUCCGGUUCCGGACCACCCUGCCCGAUGCCACCCUCUUUCACCGAGGGGAGGCGGCCGAGCACCUUGCUCUGGAGCUCUCGGGGGGCCGCCUGCGGGCAACGUUGGCCACUCCGGAGGCCACGUCGUCCCUCACCCUGGAGGCCCCGCCGGUGAACGAUGGCGGCUGGCACCAGGCCGAGGUGCUGCUCCUGCGGGAUUCCCUGGAGCUCCGCCUGUGGCACAGAGCCUGCCCUGCAGGGGUCUGCCGGCAGAGCCGUCCCCUGGGAGCGGAGGCCGCCGCCGCCACGGCCUCCCUGCCCUCCUUCUCCCAAGUCUACAUCGGAGGAAUCGAGGAGGGGCUGGCAGCUCGCCCGGCGGGGAGUUUCCUCGGCUGCCUGGAAGACCUGCAGAUCGAUUCCGAGGCCGUCCUGCCCCAGGAGCUGGCCAGCGGCUCGCAGCCCGUGGGCUUCCAGCUGGGCUGCGAGAGGACAGAGUGGUGCCGCUCACAGCCUUGUGCCCACGGCGGCCAAUGCCUCGACCUCUGGGCAGACUUCCGCUGCCGCUGCCCUCGGCCUUACGAAGGCCACACCUGCUCCGCCGAGUCUCCUGCAGGGACCUUCGGCCCAGACAACUCCUCCAGCGUGGCCACUUUCACCCUCGGCCACAGUCCAGGGCCAGACUUCAACCUCUCCUUCUUCGUCCGGACACUGAAGCCCAGUGGCCUGCUGGUCCAGAUCCGCAACGCAAGCGGGGCUUUCCUGAGCGUCUACCUGGAGAGCGGGCAGCUCUGGCUGGAGGCGCCCCCGGCCGCUCCCACCGGCCUCUCCGGACAGCUGGCCGAUGGCAGAAGGCACUUGGUGACGCUUGCCUUCCACGGAGACAGUGCUCGGGCCAGCCUUCUCAGCCGGGAGGAGGAGCUGGGCCCUCUGCGGGUGCCGCCUCUCGCCGCGGGCUGCGAGGUCCACGUGGGAGGACUCCCCGGCCAGGAGGCGCUGGGCGCCUGGGGAGGGCCGUUUAAAGGCUGCCUUCAGGACGUCCGGCUUAACCACCACCAGCUGCAGUUCUUCCCUCACCUGCUCAGUAACGACACGGAGCGGCAAGAGAUGGUCGAGGGAGAAGCCACCAACGUGCUCUUGGGAUGCGUCUCGGAUGAUACCUGCAAGGCGGGGCCCUGCCUCAACGGCGGCUGCUGCACUGUCACCUGGAACGACUUUGACUGCAGCUGCCCGGCCAACUUCACCGGCAAGCGCUGUGAGGAGCGGGUCUGGUGCAGGAGCGAGCCGUGCCCCCCGGCGGCCGCCACUUGCCUGGACGUCCCUGCUGGCUACUUCUGCCUGGCCAAUGCCACGUUUUAUGGCCACAGCCCAGUGGAAUUCGUGACCAACGCAAGCAUCACCAGAGCCCUCCACAGCCUCCGCCUGGACUUCCGGACACGGGACGAAGAUGCUGUCCUGCUGCGGGCCGUCCAGGAGGUGGACUCUCUCCUGGUGGCUGUCCGGAACGCCUCCCUGCUGGUGGAAAUAAGGAGUGGGAACGGCGUUGAGGGGGCCAGCUUCCUCGGCCCGCAGUCCAUCUCCGACGGCUCCUGGCACGAGCUCGUGCUGACCAUGGAAGAGCCCUCCGCCCUGUCCUCCAGGUGGCACCUCCAUCUGGACGGAUCCAUCAACACAACCCUCCAGGGGACUGCUGGGAGUCUGGGCUUCCUCAGAAGCAACGCGGUCGUUGUCCUGGCUGAAAACUUCACCGGCUGCCUCGGGCAGGCAGACAUCGGGGGCGUCUUCCUGCCACUGGCUGCCCACAUUGCCUACCCACAGCCGGAGCAGUUCCUGCAGGCGAGCGGUGGGGCCGCCCUUCUAGGCUGCCAGGGGGCGGACGUGUGUGCCUCCAGCCCCUGCCAGCACGCGGGCGCCUGCCAGGACCUCUUCAACGCCUUCCGCUGCGCCUGCGGCCCUGGCUGGGAGGGGCCGCGGUGCGAGGCCAACAUCGACGACUGCAAGGCCAGGCCCUGCGUCCACGGCAGCUGCGUGGACGAGGUGGCCGACUUCCAGUGCGAGUGCGACAAGGGCUACAUCGGGAAGCGCUGCCAGAUCAACGUGGACGACUGCAUCCGCCACCAGUGCCAGCACGGGGGCAGCUGCGUGGACGGCGUCUACAGCUACUCCUGCCAGUGCCCCCCGCAGUACACGGGCCCUCACUGCGAGUGGCCGUUCCCCCCUGAGCAGUGCGGCCAGAACUUCACCUGCCUGAACGGCGGCAGGUGCACAAGCGGCCCCUGGGGCGCCAACUGCACGUGCAAGCCGGGCUACUCGGGCAGAAGGUGCCAGACCAACAUCAACGACUGUGACCCCAAUCCCUGCCAGAACGGGGGCACCUGCCAGGAUUCGGUCAACCGGUACCGGUGCGUCUGCAGCGCCAGCUACACAGGCGAGCGCUGUGAUGUGGAUCGCCCCGCCUGGGCCCAGUUCAGCAGCUCCUCGCUGGUGGGAGCCGUGGGAGCCACCGGGGCCGCGGUCCUCAUCACGCUCUUUGGCCUCUCCGUCGCCGCCAUGAAGAAGAGGCGGGCCACGCAAGGGACCUACAGCCCGAGCCGCCAGGAGAAAGACGGGGCCCGAGUGGAGAUGUGGAACGUCAUCAAGCUGCCCCCCAUGGAGCGGCUGAUCUGAGCCUCGCUCGCUCGCCAGGGCCGCCGGGCGACUCCAGAGGCCCCUGCGUGCGGGAGCCUGCCCUCCGCUUGCACGAUGCGGCAGGGCUGGGAGUGCCGCACGAGCCGGGCGCUGGCCAGGGCACAGGACCCUUCUGGAUGAGGGCUGGCGCCAGUGCGGGACCCAGAGAGCGCAGCUCUGCCAGGGCUGGCCCGGCAAGAAGAGGGCCAGAGGCCGGGGAGAGAAGGACCGGCUGCGGCCGAGGGCCAAGCGCCACGCAGCAGCAGCAGCAGCCGCCCAAGUGCCUUGCGGGCGAGCUGGACCUUGAGGGGCAGCACCUUGGACAGGUCAACGAGCAGCCCGCCUCCCUCCUCCCCCACCCGGGACGCAGGAGAGGGCAAGCCCGGCCAAGGAGAGCCCCCUCCCUCCUGGCGGUGGCUGCGCGCACACACACACGCACGCACCACACGGGUGGGUUCCUCGCCAUCUCGGGUCCAAAGCAUGUCCAAGGCCACACACCCAAAUGGUUUGCUCCCUGCCCCUGGCCACAGAAUGGGCAUGUGAAACAACCCGCCAGGACGUGGCAGCCCCCCCCAGCCCCCUCCCCCCCAAAAGACUUGCCUCGCUGUCCCAGGAGUGCCACGAGACGCAGCCCCCGCCAGGGGUCUCCCGACCCGGGUUUCAACCUCUCUGCUCAAGGGAUGGGUGUUUUCUCCACUGUGAACUUAAGUUACUUUUGAUAUUUAAUGAUGGAUCUACUAUUUUUUCACCAAGAUGAUUUGCUACAGUUGACCGCAACAUUCCUUCGAAGAAGAGGGGAAAAGACGGAUCAUUGUUGUAAUUAAAAGCUGCAUAGAUUUGUACAGACUAAA